UUAGGGAACGCUUGCAACUUCGAAAUAGUUUCACUACGCAUUUGCGAUAUGUUAAAAAAUUCAGCGUGACGCGAUCUUUGUUCAGCGGAACUAGACUUGUGAUUUUUAUAUCAUAUUAUAUGGAAUAACGUGAAAAGAAAACAUCAGCGAAAGAUCAGCGGAACCAUUUUCGAGGAUUAGAAAAUACAUCGGGAUAGACGGAAACUUGAAAAACGUUGCUGCGAAUGAAAAUCUGGAAUACAGUCUAAACGAAUCACGCAUGCGCAAUGGAUCAGUCAGCAUUCGAUAUUGACCUCAUAACGUAUUUCCCAUACGUAAAAUCUGUUCAGUGAAGAUAUAACUUUGAUUCAAAGAUCUCAGUUUUUUCCUUUGUUCUAUUAAAAUAUGUUGAAGUGCCUGUGGUUGAUAUUAGUUAGCGAAUUAUUAAUUAUCGGAUACAGUGCGACCAAUACGUCGUUAACUGUAACGCCUCUUAGUGGAAAUAAUUCAGCAAGGGAGAUGGCGACCGGAUUACCAAUAUUCUUGAACGAAGCCAGAGUAUCGCAACUACUAGACGGACAAUGGUUACCCCUGAUCGAUGCUAUGCACCACGCUCUCUUGGCGUCAGCUUUGAAACAUGCUGUCCAACCUCUGAGAUCUUUGACACCCAUCAGAGACGAGGGGAUCAUGUUGACCAUGCCCGGCUACGUUGACUUCAAUAAUGAUGUCCACGAAGGCGAGCCCGUGUUGGCAUGCAAAGUAGUGACUAGUUUCACAGGGAAUUCCGAUAGAGAAAAUCCGCUGCCUAAUAUUUUGGGCACUAUACUUCUCUUCGAUGUUACCAGCGGAAAGCUAACUUGUGUAUUGGAAGCCACGGAAAUAACAGCCAAGAGAACAGCGGCAGCUUCUGUAGCGGCCACGAAUAUUUUGUACAAAAAGAGACACUCAUUGUCAGACAGUUCCGAUGAGCCGAUCGUUCUCGGUAUAUUCGGAGCCGGAGUACAGGGGAAAAAUCACGCAUUGGCCUUUCAUGCUGCUUACUCAAAUAUAUCAGAGAUCCGCAUUUGGAAUCAUCGGCUGCCCAAGGCGGAACGUUUAGUUGCAGAGUUGAAAACCCUCGGCAUUAAUCAGGCGCGGGUAGCUCGUACCGGAAGAGAAUGCGCCGAAGGAGCGGACAUCUUAGUUACGGCGACUUCUUCCUCCGAACCAAUCCUCUUCGACGAGUGGGUCAAAAAUGGCGCCCACAUCAACGCUGUCGGCAGCGGUCGUUUUCAUUACUGUGAACUGGAUUUAGCGCUCUACCGAAGGGUCAAAAUCUAUUUGGACAACGAGUCAAGCGGGCGCAACGAAUUGCGGGGGCUCGUGGUCCAGGGCAUUUCUUUGAUCACCUCCGUAGGUAACGUUUUCCUCGAACCGAAUCUGAUGCCGGGAAAACAGGAUAUCACGGUCUUCCAUUCGAUCGGCAUGGCUGCCGAAGACGCUCUGGCAGCUCAGCUUGUCUACAAACGACAUUUGCUUUCUCGCCCUUCGAACUGAUCAGGUUUUCAAUUCGUUUUAUUAGGCGAAAGGUAAGAAUGAUUACAGGAUUCCAAAUCAGAGGUAACACCCUCUAUUAAUUACGAAAGGCAACACAACUGUCGUACAGGAAACAUACUUUUCCAAUUAGACAAUAUAUCCAAUAUACGAAAGAAACUGCACCCGCGGGAUUAAGAAAAUAAGAAGUCGAAGAAUUCUGUCCAUUCUCUCAAUACGCCAUUACAAAUUUAUUUUUACACCUAAAUCCGCGGAUUUUCAUCGCCGUUUGUACACUCCGCGGUGACGUGAUAUGCAAUAUUCAGCUGAAAUUCCCGCAUGCACAGCACGUAUAAAAUACAACGACGAAGCUCUUUGUGCGCUGCAUUUUUCAUUGAAUUGUAAGGUGGAAGUGCACGUAUUUUCAAUUCACGAUAUUAAAUUUGUACGGUGAAUUAUAGUCGGGUAUAAAAUAUAAAAGUUAGUGCCUGUUACGUAUUGUAUAUUCUCAGCUACAUAAAAAUACACCCACAGAUAAUGAUGAAAAGCGUGUAACUGUAGCGGGUGAAAUAUCCAAGUGUGCCAUCGCAAUUUUAUUUACGUAAAUUUCCAUUUUAUAUGUAUACACAUGCGAUAAACUCCGCAGGAUGGACGCGGCAAUUAAAAAAAAAUAUAUUCUCCCAUAUCUCGAGGCAACGUGAGUACCGUAUAUUAAACUCGGAAAUGUUAAUUAUCCAGAGCGGAAAAAUAGUGUAUAUUCGCAUAAAUCUAUAGAAAUGUUACAUACAUUUAGAUAGCGUACAUAGAAAGCAUAACGGAGUUAUUUCACUUUCAAGUAUUUGUGAUUUUGCAUUGAUUUUUAUCGGAAACUGUCAGAUCCACCUCGCCUGUCUGAUAGUUGAAUUUGUCCUAUCCUGGUUGCAACAUUUUUAAACAUGUUACUUCUAGAUGCAGUAGGGAUUCUAAUUGUCAUUGGCUAAAAAUCUGUACGCGUAGCAAAUGUGCACGUUACGUGUAAACGAGUAAUGAAUCAAAGCGGCUUGGUGAACGUCUCUUUGAUGUUUCAUGAUUUGAAAUUUCAAUAUUCCGAACACCUACAGUCGACAAGCUGGAACUCGAACUCGUCUGUUUUCUUUGGCUUGAUCGAGACGAGAGAAAACCGUCCCAUGACGGUUAGAUCACCCUUUCAAACGGAAUAUUUCAGUUCAUAUCUCGGCUUUUCUCUGCGUCAGGCUAUGAAUAAAGCUGCUGCAGCGAGACCUUCUUUUGAACGUAAAACGAAUGGGCUCGCCAUUUUUAUCCAGCUUCGUAUAUCUCGAGUCUUGUACUCACUGUGAUUUCAGAUGGAAAAAAUUGACGUGGGUUAAAUAAAUUUUGUAACUUUU